CUCAUCCAGCCUCACUCUCCUCCCGCCCACCAGUCGGUUCCUCCUCAGUGUUAGUGUGCCGUUGGGAGCAGACGGCCUAAAAAACCUCUCAAGACUUUGGCCUUUUUGUUGCUGCUGCAUCUUCCACUCCUGCAGUUUCACUCGGUCUUGCAACUACAAUGCUCCAGCUGAUUGCAGGGCGCGUGAGCAGCCUGGUGGCCAGGCGCGCGACACUGGCGCUGACUACCAGCAGCGCGAGGAUGGCGAGCCACGCCCCCGACCCCGGUAACGUAACGAGCCCCGAGGUGACCGAGGCAGUGGACAUGUCUCGGCCGAUGUACUGGGACCGUUUGGACACUCCUCUGCCUGACAAACUCUACAAAGACGAGCUGUCUGCUGCCGAGAAGAGCCUGAAGGAGAAGGAGAAGGGGCCGUGGAGCCAGCUGACCAACGAGGAAAAGAUAGCUUUGUACCGGCUCUCGUUCCAUCAGACCUACGCAGAGAUGAACCAGCCAAAGUCCGAGUGGAAGACCGUCGUUGGGGGCAUCUUCUUCUUCGUGGGUUUCACUGCCCUGGUGGUCUGGUGGCAGAGAGUCUACGUCUACCCUCCACGUCCCAGGACCUUUGACGACGAGUGGCAGGCCAAACAGCUGCAGAGGAUGCUGGACAUGAGGAUCAACCCCAUCGAGGGCUUCUCCUCCAAAUGGGACUACGAGAAGGGCCAGUGGAAGUGAAGAGACGGCUGCAGCUCAGGGAGCACGGCUUCCUGAUUACUGUGGAAUGCGCCGUCAUGCUGUCUCACUGUCUCACUGUCUCGUAUGUUGCGUUGUAACUGAUCAGACAACUAUAAGGGUGCAGAUUGACACCCCGAGCGGUCGUUUUUAUUGAGCGCCUCCUUUCCGACCUAACCUCAGCUUAUUAUGAUAAACCCAAUAAUAAAGUUUUUGCUCAUA